AUGGGCAACAAGAAGAAAAUAAAUGAAAAAAAGAGGCAUGAAAGCUUUAAAGAAGACGACAGUGAUUUGGUGGAAGCGCUCGGUUUCUGUCAGGAUGCGAUUUCAGGGGAACGUUUGAGGGAAAACGGCCGCGCGCUUCCCAGCAACCAUCGCCAGAGCGUGAGCGUAGACGGCACGCUCACAGUGGACAACGUGCAGAAGCGGUCGGACCAGGGUUCCUACACCUGCCAAGCUCGUAACCGCCAAGGGCAUUCCGACCGUGGCACGGUCGAAGUCAGCGUAAUGGAGCCUCCGACCAUUUAUCCGUUUUCCAUUGAGAGCAGCGUUCACUUGGGGGAGCGCGUUGGCCUUCAAUGCCUGGUGACGCGCGGCGACGCGCCCAUCACCAUCACGUGGCUCAAGGACGACGCGCAGGUGGACGCGCUGGAUCUGCCGUCCGUCACCGUGAAGAACCUGGGCGAGUUCAGCUCGACGUUGCUCAUCGAGCAGCUCAGCACGCAGCACAACGGCCGCUACACGUGCCGCGCGCGCAACGCGGCGGCCUCCGCCGAGCACUCCGUCCAGCUGGCCGUGAACGGUACUCGCCGCCCUGGGAGGCCCGGCCCUGGUCCCGGCCUAGGCCCCGGCCCUGGCCCCGGCCCGCGUCGCCGCCGCUCACCUCGCCUGCCUCGCCUCGCCCUGUCGUAG